AUGUCCAUCUCUCCCAGAUGGCAGCAACUGCCCGAGCAGUCGGAGCAAUUGAAACGGGAGAAGUUGGAGCUGGGUGCUGCGCUACUGCAGCUGCUGAAAGAGGCAGCGCAGCGAUGCCCUAGUGCCAUGUUGGAACCCAUGCUGAAGGGGGCCACCUUGGGUCCUGACAUCCAACGGUAUGCUCAAGAGAUGAUGGGCUUUCUGCUGUCUGGGGGCCUGGGGGUUGAGGUGAAUGGCUUGAUAGGGCUGCAAAACCCCAAGGAGUCCGGACUCCGAGCCGUGAUGAUCGGUCAGUUGUGUUCUCCUGAAAGCUCUGCAGGGGAAGAAGUUGUGGACUGCGUGAUGUAUUUGGUGCGUUUGGCAGCCCUUAAGGGCUGCCCAGUGCGGGUCUACGAAGCUUGA